CAGUGGAUCACGGACCUAUAUUAGCGACGGACCGGAAGCAGCGUGUACUGAAGGAUCUCGGUUACUGCAUCAUUCUGUCUAUCCACUUUACUGUCAUAAAGUCCGUCCAGCAAACAGAGAGGAUGUUGAGAAACGGAGCAGCACAGGUUUUCAGACAGCUGGUCAGACACCAGUCUACAGACACCAGCCUGAUCCUGGAGAGAUCGAUUAACCGUGUUCAGUUGCUGGGCCGCGUGGGGCAGGACCCUGUCAUGAGACAGGUGGAGGGACGGAACCCCGUCACCAUCUUCUCCAUGGCAACCAACGAGAUGUGGCGCUCCGGGGACGUGGAGACCUCCCCCGCAGGAGAUGUCAGCCAGAAGACGACGUGGCAUCGUGUGUCAGUCUUCAAGCCUGGUCUGAGGGAUGUGGCUUACCAGUAUGUCAAGAAAGGGUCAAGGGUUCUGGUGGAGGGGAAGUUGGAUUACGGGGAGUACGUAGACAAGAACAACGUCAGACGCCAGGCUACCACCAUCAUUGCAGACAACAUUAUAUUCUUAAGCGACAACAUUCGAGGGAAGGAUCAAUGAGGGAAGUGGUGCUCUUCAUCUAGGAGGAAGACUGAAGCUCUUUUUGUAUAGCUACUCUAUUGUCUAUAUAUUAACUGACUGUGGAAGGAGCUGUGUGCCUGCUAUCUAAAUGGGACAGAACACAGUGUAACACCUCUGUUGACAGGAGUUGGCUGUAGAGAAUGAUAGAGGACUAUCUGGCCCAUUAUGGCGUCAGUGAGCGCACUGGCAGCGCCAUUGAGGCCAUCUCCAUUUUGAAGUAGUCCAUUUUCUUCAUAUACUACAUCUAUGAGUUGGUAAA